UCAAAGAUUUAUCUUGACUAUAUUGCAGGUUCCGAUUCCUUGCUUACGUAUAUCUCUUUUGGAAGAAUACCAAAGCACUCCGCAGCCAAUUAUGAUUCGCUUGGGCAAGCACCGAAAUAUUUCUGCGCCAGUGAAGUUUCCCGCGCAAAAAGACUGGCAGAUAGAACUCUCGCUGCUAGAACGCAGCCAGAUUUAUACAGUAUUAUCGGAUAACACGGAGUUUAGCCGUCGCAAUGACAAAAUGACCGAAGUUGUACAAGAAAAUUCGAGUUUGGAAUUAAAUGAUUGGAUUAAUAAAAGUGUUUUGGAAAAUAAUGUUAAUUCAAGCAGAAAUCACACAUUUGAGGAUUUUAUGGAUAUUCCGUUAACAGGGCAGGAUUACGUUCUUGUUGUGUUAUACAGUGUCACAACGUUCCUAGCCAUCGUUGGGAAUUCAAUCGCAAUUGUGAUAUUUACCAAAGGAAAAAGAUCAAAAACGGAUUUAAGACCUUUCCUAAUUAAUUUAGCAGUAGCUGAUUUAAUUAUGGCAAUUUUCUGUAUACCGUUCACGUUUACAUAUCAAUUACUUAAUUCUAAUUGGGUUUUCUCAAGACCCAUGUGUCCAAUUGUGAUGUUUUUGCAAACCGUCUCAGUAACCGGAAGUGUUAUUACAAACAUGGCCAUCGGUAUAGACCGGCUAUGUGCAAUCGCAUUUCCGUUAAAUGCAACGAGGAAUAGAUCUUUACGUUAUCGUUUAAUAAUUUUAUUCAUUUGGAUUAUUGCAGUUGCAUUUGCAGGUGUCCAGCUGAAGGUUGGUGACACGCAAUUCGACCCGAAUACCGGUUAUACGGAAUGCAAGGAAAAUUGGCCAAGUGAAGAUUUAGCAAUAUUCUAUACAAUUUUGGUUUUAAUUUUGACAUAUUUAGUACCGGUUAUUAUUCUUACAGUCACAUACAGUAUUGUUGGGUAUAUCCUCUGGAAACGAAACUUACCAGGAAAUGCUGAUGCUAGUAGAGACAAAGUGCAACUUAAUUCGAAGGUCAAGAUCGUAAAGAUGUUGAUCACAAUUGUUGUGUUAUUCGUUCUCUGCUGGCUUCCACUUCAUACAUUCUUUCUGGUGCUAAACUUUACAGAAAAACUGGACCACGACUCUCUUAGCCUUACCUACUUUAUAUGUCACUGGAUAGCAAUGUCUAACAGCUUUGUCAAUCCAAUCGUUUAUGGAACACUCAACGACAGUUUUAGAGCGGAUUUAAAACAACUUAUAUUCCGGUGUAUUCCUAUUCGAACAAGAGCGGGAACAGCAAGACACGGAGCCGUAAAACUUAAGUACCCGGCAGAGAAAUACAAAUUGAACUUUAACACAAAGAGACCUGCACAGAGAUUAAACUAUCAAAGUCAAAGAAGCUAUGAGGCCAAUAAUUUUGAGGACUGUUUUAAUUCAUCGUUUUCCAGAAAUGCUUCCGUGAUGAGAACAUAUGAUACCUCAUGAUAUGUAAUUUUGAUAUGUUCCUUGUGAUAUAAAAUAAAUUCAUUGUUGUAUA